AUGCCUGGAAAGUGGGAGAAGCCUUUUCGCGAUGAAUCAGACUUGUCGUCUGAGGAUCUCAGUCUAACCGAUGAGACUCUCAGAGUACGACGGGCUGGACCUAGACGCCAAGUCUGGAGGUUAUUGGGAGAAGCCGCUCUCGCAGUUGGAAUCAUCAUACUAGGCGGAAUCGUCAUUCAUGAUAGAGUUCUUCCAAGGACUGGAUUAUUGCCCUACGGGCCAGUGAUUCCCCAGAAAGUUGUCACUUUCGGCAACACGGCUGGCUUUGGGCCAGAUCUCGUGUAUGCGGACCGACAGAUGCUUCUGAACGCUACAAGGAUGCAAGAAGUACACGAGAAUUGGCAGCAACUAUAUCCAAUCAGUCGAGGCUAUUUUGUGGCAGACGAAAGCAGUGCAGAAUACAAAGUGCAGUUCCCACCAGCAGACAUCAGCGGCGUGCUGUCCCCAGAUGACAAACGCAGUGGCUGGGUUCUCUCCGUAUUUCAUCAAAUUCACUGCUUGUCAAUCAUAACCACAAGGCUCGGUAUCUCUCGACAAGAGUUUGCAGACUGGGACCCAUUCAAGUUAGGCCACACAGCGCAUUGCAUCGAGUACCUACGACAGAGCAUACUGUGCUCGGGCGAUACUAGUCUCGAAGGCGAGUCGGGAUCGUGGUCGGAGAGCAUUGGCUGGGGCCAGAACCACGUAUGUAGAGACUAUAACGCGCUCAUGCGGCUGGCGAACGAGAAGGCGGCCUGGGACCUCAGUCACGAGCGCGAGCCGGACCACUCUAAGCUUUUUGAGUCAAGCAUUGAAGAUUGUGAUUCGGAGAGCGGAGAGUACUGUCAUUAA